AUGAAUUUGCAUAGGCCAGCUAAUAGAAAGAAAAUUUCUGGGUCCAAAAAGAUCCUGGUCAGGAAAAGCCUUGAUGUGGAGAUCAGGACUAAUGACAUUCCGGUCACGACGCGGCCGCAGAGCGUUUUUUCAACGAAAAACAGGAAAAGUCCGACAAAUCCUUUUAAAAGCACAAAAAAGUUCAAAACGGCGGACGCUUUGCAGCAGGAAUCGCCAAAGCUGUCAGAUAAGAAGCUGUUGCUGAUUAACAAAGAGAGGAUACAUAUGCAGCGACAUAGCUUGCCUUCCGCUUCACUUCCUUCUAAGACGAUGCUACAACAGUGGUAUGAGAAAAACGAGCACGAAGAAGAGCAAAAGCUGCAGGACUUACUUAAUGCAUUGACUUUUAGUAAAUAA